AUGGCCGUCGCAAACCCAGUUCGCCGAGUAGCUAUCAUUGGAGCCGGUCCAUCUGGCCUUGCAGCAGGCAAAUACCUGCUUGCCGAAAAAUGCUUCGACAAGAUCGAAGUGUUUGAGCAAAGGAGCUCUGUUGGCGGAGUUUGGAACCAUACCCCCAGCUCUUCUAACACAAAAGGGGCAACGACUGUCCCCCAGACAAACCCUCACGAGCCAGUUGAGAAGCCGAUAUGGAUCAACCAAACGGAGGCGACAUUUGUGUCUCCGUUGUAUGAUCACCUCGAAACCAACAUCCCCAAGGAAUUGAUGCGUUUCUCGGAGAACCCAUUCCCAUCGGAUGUACAGCUCUUCCCCAAGCACCAAACGGUGAAACAAUACCUGGAAGAAUAUGCCGAGGAUGUCAAGCACCUCAUACAGUUCGAGAGACAGGUCGUGGAUGUGAAGCUCAAGGACCCCGAUUUGAGUACCUGGGAUCUGACCACGAAAGAUCUUCAUACGGGUGCUGAAAUAACACAUAUAUACGAUGCCGUGGUCGUUGCAAGUGGCCAUUACACCGUUCCUUAUCUCCCUCACAUUCCCGGAAUUGAGGCGUGGGAUGCAUCCUAUCCUGGUGUCAUUUCUCAUUCAAAAUUCUACGACUCCUCUGAAAUUUUUCGGGGGAAGAAGGUAGUUGUGGUCGGGAACUCCGCUUCUGGGCUCGACAUCGGUUCCCAGAUCAACGAAGUGAGCAAGGGCAAUUUGUUGGUCUCCCAACGGUCAGAGUCUUAUCUGGCGGCUUCUGCACCGGAGGAUAAGAUCAUUUGCCCAGAAAUAGUCGAAUUCUUGCCCGCCACAAGCCAUGACCGAGGUAUUCGAUUCGCAGACAAUCACAUCGAAGAACAAGUUGAUGCGAUUGUUUUUUGCACCGGUUACUUCUAUUCCUACCCGUUUUUGUCGUCACUCCGCCCCCCUGUUGUGACCCAUGGAUUACGAACCAUGAACGUCUAUCAGCAAAUGUUCUACAUAGACCAUCCGACCCUCGUGUUUCCUGUUCUUACGCAAAGAGUGAUCCCGUUCCCGAUGGCCGAGAACCAGGCUGCUGUUUUCUCUCGUGUUUGGUCCGGACGCCUUUCUCUUCCACCCUAUACCGAUAUGAGAGCAUGGGAAGAGUCGGAACUUGCCACCAAAGGUGAUGAAAAAGCUUUUCACCUGCUCCAAUUUCCUCUGGAUGCCGACUACUUGAAUUUCCUCUACGAUUGGGCUGCCAAAGCUGCACCUCGCUCUGAGCUUGCCAGCAAUGGAAACGGGAAGCAUGGGGUUUACUGGGGUGAACAUGAAAGAUGGAUGCGAGCCCUUUUCCCCAGCAUCAGGAGAGCGUUUGUUCAGAAAGGCGACCAGCGACACUCGGUCAAGAAUAUCGGGGAGCUCGGCUUCAACUUCGAAGAAUGGAAACGGGAGCAGCAGCAGCGUCGAUGA